AUGGGGCUGCUAAGUUCUAAAGAAAAGAAAAUCAAACAUGCACGUAUUUUGAUGAUGGGCCUUGAUGCAGCAGGGAAAUCCACCUUCCUCUACAUGCUGAAGUUUAAAGAAUCUGUUGCUACAGUUCCGACAAUUGGGUUUAACGUGGAAAUGAUUGAAAUGGACAAGAAGUUUACUUUGACAGUGUGGGAUGUUGGAGGGCAGCAGGAAAUGAGGACGUAUUGGAAACAUUACUAUGAGGACACUGAGGGAUUGGUGUUUGUGGUGGACAGCGCCGAUACAGCGCGACUAGAGGAAUCCAAGAAGGAACUUAAUCAUAUCCUUAAAAAUGAUCACCUGAAGAAGGUUCCAGUCGUAGUGUUGGCCAACAAGCAGGAUCUUCCAGGGGCCUUGAGCACCACAGAAAUCACAAAGAAGUUCCAUCUAAAGAAGCUGUUUUGUGACCGAGACUGGUAUGUGCAGCCCUGUUGUGCUAAAACUGGAGUUGGCCUUGAAGAAGGGUUAAGAAGAUUAGGGUCGUUUGUCAAAUCAUGUAUGCAGUCAAAAAAAGAAUCUGUAAUUGCUUUGUAA